AUGGCUCUCUGCUACCCCAUGGCUGUGGGCCUCAACAACAGCCACAAAAUGACAAAGAAUGUGAGCAAGCCGAGGCACAGCCACUGCCACAGGCACCUCAACAAGCACACCAAGUUCAUGUGGGACAUGAUCCAAGAGGUGUGUGGCUUUGCCCCCUAUGAGUGGGGCACCACAGAGUAGCUGCUCAAGGUCUCUAAAGACAAGAGGGCCCUGAAAUUCAUCAAGAAAAAGGUGGGAACAUAUAUCCGGGCCAAGAGGAAGAGAGAGGAGCUGAACAAUGUCCUCACAGCCAUGAGGAAGGCAGCAGCCAAGGAUUGA